AUGUCUCGAUGUACGCAAAUCUUAGCAUGUCGAUUUCAUCCAGCCGCUGUGCUCAUUGAAGAUUAUAGAGCAGGCGAUAUGAUUUGUUCACAAUGUGGCCUUGUUGUAGGCGAACGAAUGAUCGAUGUCAGUGCUGAAUGGCGUGAGUUUGGAGAUGAAUCAAACUCAAAAGAUAGGAGCCGUGUUGGUGGUGCUCAAAGUCUACUAUACGAUUAUGAUAAUUUUAUAACUACGAUAUCAACAGGAACAGGUGCAGGUGCACUUAAUGAAUUAGGACAACAAAAAUAUAGCAAGAAAACAAGUCAGAUAUCAUCUGCGGAUAAAGCAUUACGAAAUGGUCAUGAUGCUAUUCGAGCUAUGGCUACGCGCAUGCAUUUAGCAAAGAAAAUUAUUGAUCGAGCAUUAAUAAUAUAUAAACAGUGUUAUGAAAAAAAAUGUUUACGUGGCUAUUCAUCAGAAACACCUAUUGCUUCAUGUAUCUAUAGUGCUUGUCGACAAGAAGGUUCGCCACGUACCAUGAAAGAAAUUUGUGAUAUUUCAAUGGUAUCAGUAAAAGAACUUGGUCGAUGUUUUAGUAAAAUGAAACGUUCUUUAUCAAAUCCAGCUGCAAUUCAAUCAAUUGAUAUAAAAAAUUUGGUGCCUCGUUUCUGUAAUCAACUUCAACUUGAACAAGAAAAUCUUAUACGAAAAACAGCUAUUCAUAUCGUUGAACGUGCUAAUGAAGUUUGUAAUAUCCAAGGUCGUGCACCAAGUUCUAUUGCUAGUGCAGCAAUUUAUAUGGCUUGUUUAGCUGCAAGUGAACAGAUAACAAAGAAAGAUAUUCAAAAACCAACUGGUGUUUCCGAAGGUGUAAUACGAAAUGUAUAUAGAAUUAUGUUACCCCAUGCUGCUAACUUAUUUCCAGCUGAUUUUGUAUUUAAAUGUCCAAUCGCUAAUUUACCAAACCUUUAA